AUGAGGAGAGGAUUUAAAUUAUUUGAUUAGUUCUAUAUUGGUUUGAGUAAAGUUGAAAGAGAAUUAGAAUUGGUUAUCAAAAUUUUGAGACAAGAAACAAAAAAGGUAAGUGAAGAUGAAAUGAUUAUUUAUUAGAUCCAAAAUGAUCGCUUAUUGUACAAUUUCAUUAACAUGGAAGUUAUUGAACAGUCUCAAAUUUUAAUAAAGCUUAAGACUGGACAAAAGUAAAUUCAAUUUAUUCUAAAAGUUUAAUUGAAAGUAAAAUAAAACUAAUAUUUUACAAAAGAAGCUUGCUUGAUAGGUAUUGUAUUAAGUUAUAUUGGAAUAACAAUAAAAUGCGUAAAAGAGCUAAAAUAUAUUGA